AUGUAGGCGUGACUCUGCCUGGUUAUACACAUGCUGAUGUUGCUGGUACACUCCACUUGAGGUUUCCCACACUUUACUUUCGAUUGUACUGACGCAUUUCGGACAGACUCUCGGGUCACCGGGUACAGUACAUUCCGCAGCCAAAGGGGCGGUGGGUGGGACAACAGUUUCCUGGCAGUCGAGGAACAAGCAGCAAAAAACUACCACGAUUAAUUUUAGAGGAACAGCGUUUGUUAACGGAGAACAGCUGUGCCAAUAACUCAACACUUCAGUCGGGCCCAGCUUCUCAUUUAAACCAGAGAUGGUCACCGAGAAGACAAACACUCCCAUGCAGGAGGGACCCUCUCCACCCUUUCUCCCUGGGCAAGCAGCGUUUCCUCCCUCAUUUGAUAUGAACAUGCCAGGCUCAAACAUGUUCGGUGGCCAAGCAGCGUUUCCUCCCUCAUAUGAUAUGAACAUGCCAGGCUCAAACAUGCUCGGUGGCCCUGCUGGGGGUCUCCCCUUCCCUCCACCGACUGCAUUUGGACCAGGUGCAGCUGGAGCUUUUGGAAUGGGCAUGAACCCUCAGGGCGGCUCUGGAUACUGCACCAACCCUUCCUCUUCGCCUUAUUCACCACCUGGCCAGGGCUUUAAUGUUAACGUCAACGAUGAUGGUUACCACCACAGCGAGGAGGAUCCGCCAGCCUUUGAUGACAAUCAAGACUUUGGGUAUGGAUUAGACGACAAGAGCAUAAGAAGAGCCUUUAUUCGAAAGGUGUUCUUGGUGCUGACUGCUCAGCUGUUGGUGACAUUCGCUUUUGUGGCGGUUUUCACCUUUGUGGAAGAAAUCAAGGCAUUUGUCCUUGUGAACACCUGGACCUACUUUGUGUCCUACGGUGUCUUCAUUGUGUCCGUUUGUGUGAUCAGCUGCUGUGGAAGUGUUCGCCGAAGACAUCCUUGGAACCUGAUUGCAUUAUCCAUCCUGACACUCAGUAUGUCCUACAUGGUGGGGAUGAUCGCCAGCUACCAUGAAACUGAAACAGUAGUCAUGGCAGUGGGCAUCACAGCUGUUGUGUGCUUCACAGUGGUCAUCUUCUCCCUCCAGACCAAGUACGACUUCACCUCCUGCUAUGGUGUGCUUUUUGUCUGUUUAAUUGUCCUGAUCAUCUUUGGCAUCCUCUGCAUCUUCAUCCGCAACCAGAUUCUGCACAUUGUGUAUUCUGCACUGGGAGCGUUGCUCUUCACCUGUUUCUUGGCGGUGGACACGCAGCUGCUGCUUGGCAACAAGGAACUGGCCCUGAGUCCAGAAGAAUACAUCUUUGCCGCUCUUAAUCUGUACACAGAUAUCAUCAACAUCUUCCUCUACAUUCUUGCUAUUGUUGGAAAAGCAAGGGGGAGCUGAGCAGGAGGAGCUACUUAUAAAAAUAAUGACAGAAAAUUGCUUUUGAAGUUUAUAUAUGGAAUUGAGAUUUUCCACAAUUAUCUUCUACAUAGUCAAGUAGUUGCAGUGAUCAUGUAGUUGUUUUCUUUAUUCCUCACCCAGUGUAUAUGUUCUUUUUUAUGAUAAUUUCAAUAGAGUGUCUAUGUUGUAAUUUUUGGGUUUAUUAUUAAACUUUAAUAAGGUAUACAUUA